AUGUCACUCACCCAGAUCCCUCUGACUCUCAUCGUUGCGGCCACUGCGAAGAAUGGCAUUGGCAAGAAUGGAGGCCUGCCAUGGCCCAUGCUGAAGAAGGACAUGGGUUUCUUCGCGCGUGUCACCAAACGAGUCCCAAUACCCAAGAACACGGGAUCCGUCCAGUCUGAUGCUUUGAAGGAGAAAAUCUUGUCAGGAACCCAACGCAAUGUUGUGAUUAUGGGAAGAAAGACUUGGGAGAGCAUUCCUCCAAAGUUCAGACCUCUCCAGGACCGUACGAACAUCAUCAUCAGCACCCAGGGGCGUUCGCAGCUGCAAAACGUCCCGGACGAUGUUGUGGUCGGCUCAGAUAUUGUCUCUGCUCUCAAAGAUCUUGAAGCACUGAUUAAAGACGGCAAGUCGCUGCCGGUUGGCAGGGCAUUCGUUAUUGGUGGCUCCAGCAUCUACAAGGCUGCGUUGGAUCUACCGCAGACAAAGCAUAUCCUCCUUACCCGAAUCUCCAAGGAGUAUGACUGCGAUACAUUCUUUCCAGAAACUUUGGACGGCAACAAUGUCAAUUCUUCACGCUGGCAGCGUCUAAGCCACGCCGAACUUCGAGACUUUGUCGGCGAAGAGGUCGAGAAAGGACCCAUUACACAACAGGCUGGCGACGAGGAACUCAGUCUGGAAUUCCAACUCUUCGAAAGCUCAUGA